UGACUCUUUGAGUCGCACCUCCCAACUUUCUCCUCCUGCCUGACACAAGGAGCCGACAUAUCCCUGCCAUUGGUGCUCAAACAAACCUAACUUCCUCUCUCAACUCAACUCAACCCUUGUCCACCAUCCACAGUGCACUAAACCAAGCAUCGAUUCAGGUGGAGAACGAGGGUAGUAGGCCCUCCCUGAGCCUUGCUUGCGCGAUGUCUACCUGUUCCUUCUAGGGCCUACUACUACUGCUUAUGACUGCUCCCCAGGGAGUAUACGACACGUCAGUCAUAGAUUAUUCGUGACCUAGUCUAGAACCCGAAUCAGCUUCGGGGUGAUUCGUAUGCGCUUCGUAAAUUGCAUAACAGUCGCUGCUUUUCCUGCGCCAUGGUUUCGUCGCUUCCAGGAGCAGCAGCAGUAAGGUUAAGGGGGGACGGUAGCAUCUAGAUUCCCGGAACGUCCACGCUAGGUAUCUCAAUCUACAACCCCGUUCCUGCUCCCGAAAUCUAAAGACUGUCGCACGCUAGCUACUAGGUUAUUGGACGCAACUGGACCCCCGAUUCGUCAGCCAUCUGCGAUAGUCUGACGAGCCAUGGCGCGUCGCACUCUUCUUACGCUAGCUCUACUCUCUCUCCUUCUCGUCGCCUCCCCCUUCGCUGCGCGUGCUUUCCGCCUCUUCCCCUGGAGGCCUCCAGCCAAACAGGAGCCCAAACCCACGCCGCCAGCCACCCCUAGUGUAAAUCAGGGUUACGACGUUGUUUCGAAAGAGACCGAUGAUGACACUGACGACGAUAAUACGCUGAUGUUACCAUCGCAAACACUCGUGAAAGGCUUCGCCAACUUUCGCCCGCUUCAGCGAGGCCCGGAGAACAUAGAGCCCCCGCGACCAGCCGAUGGGAACUACCCGAUUUCGCUGCAGCUGCCGUCGGGAACGAAAUCACAGCCGGCGAAAACUGGCGAAGCGGGCAGCGAAGGGACGAUGCAGGCCCAGUCGUUCGGUGAGACAAGCGGUUCUGGUAGCGGCGGGAACGGCGGUAGCGGCGGUAGCGGCGGAGGGGGGCUGGCAGGUGACAGCAGCGACUCCGACACCGUUGACGAUGACGUGACGUUCUUCGAGGUCGCUCGGCCGAUCGCACGGCCUCGCGGGGCGAAGCCGUGCGUCGUUACGCUGCUUCGCAACCAAUCGUUCGGCGACACGGUUGACGACCCGCCUGUUGCGAAAAACUACUCCAUCCCCGCCUCAUGCGGCUCUGCGUGGUCGCUGGUGCUGCUGAGCGUGCGCGUGAACGUAAGCGGGGUGCAGUUCGACCGCGUGCUCUCCGUGUUCCUCGGCAACUUCGAGGUCUCCAGAUCCAUUACGGUGGAGCCUUUGGGUGUGUCGGCAUCGUACUCGUUUGAAGAAGACGUCACUACAUAUGCAUACAUGCUUGCAAAGGAGAAGCAAGCAUUCAUUUCGCUCCCUAAUGUCGUCAACGACACACUAACAGGUGUUUUCUACGUCAGCAUCGACCUUCUCUUCUUCAAGACCUCUAGGUUCAACCGAGCCAUCGUGCCGGACGUCGUUCUCCCCUUCUCCAGCCAAACUCCCGAAAAAACCUACCCUUCCCCCUUUACAAUCACUGGCGACGACUCCGCAUCCGCCUCUUCCACCUCUUCCUCCUCUUCCGCCUCUUCCUCCUCUUCCGCCUCUUCUACUUCGUCUUCAUCUUCCUCUCUAGAAGCAGCUGUGACUUUCCCCUCGCUGCCGCGCGACAUCGUAACGGCGAAAUUCGAGCUGAUGGUAACCAGGCAUGGUGGCGACGAGUUCUUCUUCAUGCUGUCGCCCAACUCCUCCUCCUCCUCGUCCUCCGCCUCCUCAGGAGUCACAUCCGAUCUCCUCGCCUCCUCUCCCUCCGACUUCUCCUCCUCCUCCUCUCCCUUCCGCGAGCUUCUUCUCUUCGUCGACUCCCAAUUCGCGGGGGCUGUCUUCCCCUUCCCCACCCUCUACCCCUCCUCCUUCGCCCCUCUCCUCUGGGUUCCCAUGGUGGGAAUCGGCUGCUUCGGCACCCCCACCUACACCCUCGACGUCACGCCAUUUGUCGGGCUGCUAGUGGACGGGCAGCCGCACAAAAUUUCGGUCCGCGUGCCCGUGGUUGGCCUGGCUGCCCGGUGGAUGAUUUCGGGGGUGCUGCAGCUGUGGGUCGACCCUGUGAGGCAGGUCACUACUGGCACGCCGCCAGUGAUUAGUGCUCCCGAGCCUUCCAGCUCCCAAUCCUCUAUCCCCCCACCUGCCCUUGAUCCAUCCUCCUCCUCCUCCUCCUCUUCCUCUUCCUCUUCCUCCCCACCGUCCGACAAUGACGCUGACGACUCAAUUGCACCUGACACGGCCACCACCACCGGAUUCACUAUAAGCACGCUGCGCUCCUAUACAAUCACCGGCACAGUGUACUCAUCAGCCGGUGCGGUUACCACAGAGGUUACGGGCAGCCUGGGAGCAGAUGCAACAGUGUACCUUGAGAGCGAGGGGCUGAUCGCCUGGACGCAUGUUACCAGGGCUUCGGUGGAGGUUACGAGCCGCGACGCUAAGGGGAACGAGCUGGUUUCAGUCACGGAACAAAGCAUGUACCCUGUGAACCUCAAAAUGACGGCUCUGGAUGCCAACGGAUCAGUCAAGAUCGACACAGACUAUGCGUUCAACCUUCAGAGGGAUAAAUCAGGGAGGAAGGUCGGCCGGCCGAUCUCCGAAACGCUCCUAAACCAGCGGUUUGCGUCUUAUAUCGAGUACUGCGCGAGCUGCACUCCCAACAUCACCACUGCUGGCAGCAGCAGCAGCAGCGGCAGCGGCAACGAUAGCAUUCGUGCAAGCAGGGGUGCUGGGUCAGUCUUCCAGGUGUUGGGGGGAGGGCGGGGCGGUCAGAUUGUGGGGCUGAACACGAGUGAUGUCCUGUAUGGUGGCAGUGCCGGCAGCCAAACUGCUGGCAGUGAUACCAAGGGCGAUGGUGAGACAAGAACUGGUGAAAGCGGCAGGUUUAAUUCCUCUUCUGGUGGUUCUUUGAACGCCAGGGGAACGGGUAGUGUGGCAAACAGCACUGGUGCUGUUGUGAACAGUGCUGGUACAGCUACAAACGGCACAGGCGUUGCUGGGAGUGGUGCAGGUGCUGCUGCGAACGAUACUGGUGGUGCUGCGAAUGGUAAUGGCACUACUUCCGCCAAUGGCGCUGGUGGUAACAUGGUUUCUCCUCUAACACAGACCGACGGCGAGGGCAGGACGGCAGGUAGCUCUAGUUGCAAAGGGGUGCGGAGCGGUGCGUGCGCUCAUUCUUCUGGCGGGUUGGACGAGCAGCAGCGCGCGGUGCAAUUGGUUGAGCAGCAUUUCGCGUUCGCAAGCAGUGAUAGGGCCGUGGGCUGUUACUCGCGAAGCGUUGCCGUGGCGGGGCUGAAAGUGAUAGCGAAUGAAAUCAGUACAGACUGCUCGGACUUGUAGUGAAUCGGUAUUUCAUUUGGGCGUUACAAAAUAUCGAAUUGUGUUGGUCAGUUUCACGUUUUAUGUAAAUACCUGUCCUCUAUAACAUGGUAAAUGUAACUUUUUG